AUGAAAUACUUCUUUGAAACUCUAAGAAAAUCCAGUGAAGAACUGCGGACUAGCUUGAAACAAUUUGUUGAUAAUGAUAAAGACAUGGAUAUAUUUGAAAUGAUAGCAUGUUACACCACUGAUAUUAUAGGAGAUGUUAUCUACGGUAUUGAAGCUGGUAGCUUUAAGCCAGAAGGUGCCAUUAUCCGAAGAUUGGGCAAUGAGCUAUUUGGAAAAUUUACAUUAUGGGAUCAAGUUAAAUUGUUUCUUACGAUCUGCUAUCCGAACAUAGCAAAAACAUUCAAUAUAAGUCCAAUCCAAGAAUACAUCGGAAAUUUUUCAUUAAAUUUUUUAAGGACGCCAUAG